AUACUCUCAUCUUUCCAAUUUUUCCUUCUAGUGUUUUAUUAUCUAUUGAAAAUGACAAUGAAACAAAUGAUUUUUGUUAUGUUUUUCUCAUUCUUUUCCCUUAACCUCCUCUCCCCAAUCUUUACCCUUCCCCUUGCACCCGCAUUAUAUGUUUUUGGGGACUCCCUAUUAGACAAUGGCAAUAAUAAUUUUCUUCCAACUUUAGCGAGAGCAAAUUUCUUACCUUAUGGAGUUGAUUUCCCUAGAGGUCCAACGGGAAGAUUUUCCAAUGGCAGAACCGUUGCCGAUUUUUUGGCUGAAUAUCUUGGAUUGCCAUAUUCUCCUCCUUAUUUGAGUUUUGGAGGUCUCGGGUCAUUAUCUGGAGUCAACUAUGCAUCUGGAUCAUGUGGAAUUCUGCCAGAGAGUGGACAUGUUCUUGGAAAAUGCAUAACUUUGACCGAACAAAUAAACUUAUUUGGAAGGGAAAUUAAGAGAGAUUUGACAAGCAAGGUUAAAUAUCCAACUGAGUUAUCUGACCAUCUACAAAAAUCUAUAUUUAUAAUUUCUGCUGGAAGCAAUGAUUACAUCAACAACUUUCUCCAACCUCAGUUUUACGACAGUAGCAAGUUCUACCAACCUAAGCCUUUUGCUGAACACCUCAUAGAAAAUUUUUCGCAGCAACUUAAAACAUUGUAUGAGUUGGGAGCUAGGAAGAUAGUAGUGUUUGAGAUUGGACCUAUAGGGUGCAUACCAGCAAUUUCUAGGACACAUGAACACACAGGUGAAUGCAUGGAAGAAGCAAACAAAAUGGCACUUUACUUCAACGAAAAGCUCUCUGCAAUGCUAAAAAAUCUCACAUCCAGUCUUCCAGGCUCUACCUUUGUUCUUGGUCAAUCAUACUCCAUAAUCAUCGAUCUCUAUAAAAAUCCAUCCAUAUACGGUCUAAUAGAUGGUAGGAAUCCAUGUUGCACUACUUGGCAACAUGGAACUUCAGCAUGUAUCCCUUUCUUAAGACCAUGCAUGAAUCCAAGUAAACAUAUCUUUUGGGAUGCUUUUCAUCUUACAGAAGUUGUAUAUUCAGUCGUAGCAUCACGAUGUUUCAGGAAUAGCUCUUCAUGCUCACCGGUCAGCAUUCAAGAGCUUGUCAAAAUAUAAUUGUGUUAGAACACCGACUAGUAACAAAGGAAUAAAAGAAACGAUAAUGGGAAUACAACGAGGCAUGAUCUUUGUUUACGGGGUUCGACCAAUAAUGAUUCCUUUCUCUACGAUUAUAGAGCAGCUAUAGUUCCGUAUAUUUGAAAAAUAUGGGAGGCGCGCAAUAGGAUUAUCUUCUCUCCAAAGACUUCAGAUGUGGAAGAUAGUUGAUGAUAUCAAAGAUGUCUCAUGGAGGGACUUGUAUGUAUUUUGAAUGGUUUUUGAAGCCUCUUCUUUGCCUUAAUCUUUAAUAUAGGGUGUUUAUUUUGUCUGAGCCGAGUACCCCUUGUACUUUUUCCGAUUUAUGUGUUAAUUAUUCUUUGUACUUUUCCCCAUUC